UUUGCAACCUUUUCGGCACCUUUUGGCACAAUAAACCGAAAGCAAAAAUCAGAUUCCACAACAACAUCGAAUAAAACCUCAAAAAAGUAAGCGCAUUCAGAAUGGCAGCGGGAAGGACGUACUUGAAACGAGUAAUGGCUGGUGUUGAAAUCGAGCAUAUGACCUUGAUGGAAGCGAAACGAGGUCACCACGAACUUUACCAGGCUCUUUUAUCCGAGCUGUGCUUCGAGGGCUGCAUGACUUGCGCCAAGUACUUCGAGUACCUGGUGUGUGAGGAGAAUGCGCUCAUCAAUGACAAAUUCAUCAAGAAACGCAUGUGGGCGAAAAAGAGGGAAUUGCUGAAGCUAUACGAAACUUGCAAGGCAGCCGAGUUGGUGUCUAAGUUGAAGACUUGCCUUAGCAGAAAGUCCACCUACGAACUUAUCUAUCAAGCACUGAGUAUAGCGAAGAGUUUACCCGAUUCUUUUCAUUGGUUCACGAAGAGUUUCCUUGAAAUAAUCAUCGAAAUAGCGGAUUCGUUUGGCGUGAACGAUGUUAUGUGCUGCGAGUUGCGUGCGAAGAUUUUUACGCAUUACGCUGUGUUUCAUAUGACUGGCAGGGCGCACAGUUUCAAAAGAGAAAUUACAUACUUCGAGAAAGCGUUAUCGCUGAGUCGCGCUCAAGACUGGCGUACCGAUAACAUAACGCCCGUGUUUGAUGAGCAAAAUUUACAUGAAUUUGUUGGUGUAACAUUUGCCAGCGUACUCUUCAAAUCGGCAAAGGCCUUUAUACAUACCAACCCAAAGCUGGGCAUAGAACAAGCUGAUCGUUCAAUCAAAUGUAUAGCCGAAGUUGGUCAAAUGAAGUUGAAAAUUCUAGUCGCGAAGGCGAUUUUGGUGAAAGCGCGCCUGCUAAUAGAGAUCAGCAAUUACAAAGAGGCUAUGAGGCACUUAAGAUCCGCUGAACGUUAUUUGAUGGGCGAGAAAAACAAUGAGUUCCAGAAAGUGAGAUGUGAAUUAAACAUUUCUAAGGCCGUGUGUUAUGAAAAUUUGGGUUCCACACCCUACGCUAUGGCCAAACUAAGAUUGGCAGUUUUGUUAGCGCGACAUCUGGAGUUGAGUAAACUGCUGGGCUUAGCAUUGCUGCAAGUGGCAAAGAUCUAUAUGAAAACCCCAAGCAAAUAUCAUUUAGCUGAGAAUGCGCUUAGAGAGGCACGCGACUCAUUCCAAGACGAGGAAGAGUCGGAAAACAAGCGAUGUGUCAAAUAUAUGGUCGCCUUAUUGCAAACCAUCUCGAAUGAGAAAACCUACAUAGACAUCAUUAAGAGUUCGCAAUUCAAUUUUUGUGAUUUGUAUAAAUUGCGCAAAUGGAAGAAUCAAGCGAAACCGUUUUGGAAGCGACGUGGUACGAUCACUUUUAUCAAAUCCUUUACUACGCUAAGUCUCUUGAGUAUUGCCACCACCGAAUUGCCGUCGGAAGUGAGCGAAGAUUCUGAAGAACCGACCUCAGAGAUUAAUGAGUCUGAGUCGGAGGAAACGGGUAGUGAUCCGAUCGAGUGCCUAUUGAAUGAGUUUAAGUGACCACUUAAAAGUAGAGUGUAUACAUAUGUG